AUGUCUGAUGAUCUUGAUAUCGAUAAAUACCUUUCAACUGAAGCAACACAAUUACAGAAAGAUCAAGAAGUCGAACGUAUUCUAUCUGCGUUCAAGUUAAAUCCUUUCGACCUUUUAGAUCUUUCUCCUUAUUGUACAGAAAAAGAUAUUAAAAAUGCUUAUAGAAGGAAAUCUUUACUUAUUCACCCUGAUAAAACAAGCCAUCCUAAGGCACAAGAAGCUUUUUCUUUAUUGAAAAAGGCAGAAACAGACUUAUCAAAUGAAAAAUCACGUCAAUUCUUAUUAACAAUUGUUGAUGAAGCAAAAAUAACCUUAAUUAAUGAACAAAAAUUAAAACCUAAUGAUUCAAUUAUUAAUACUCCUGGAUUUAAUUUACAAAUUAAACAAAAAAUCAAAGAAAUUUUAAUAGAACAGGAACUACGUAGACGUAAAUUACUAAAACGUGAUUUAGAAGCUCAAGGUUUAGCCGCUCAAAAAGCUGAACAGGUUGAAAAAGAAAGGAAAAGAAAAGCCGAAGAGGAUAAAUUAUGGGAAGAAACUAGAGAACAAAGGGUCAAUAAUUGGAGAGAUUUUCAAACUAAAAAGUCAAAUAGUUCUGGUAGUUCUGCUAAAAAGAAGAAAAAGUUGGGAAAUGAAUUUAAACCACCAAAAGUUUUGGCUGAGGAUCCCGCCAAACCUUAUAUAAAACGACAUACGAAUUCUUAA